ACAUCAUCCAUCCCCUUUGUUCAAUGUUAGCACUAACCAACACUACUGUGGAGGAUAUUUUAGUCUUUACAUGGUCAAGUGUUUUUCUCUUCUCAGACUCUAUAAUUGUACUGUGGCAACAGCGACAAGAGAAUGAGAGUUUCAUCUUUUUUCUCUUGUUGAGUUCAGGAGAACCACAGAGAGAGAGAGAGAUCUCAAAAACUGAUAUCAUAACUCACAAAUAGGUAGCAAUUUAUGGAUUCAGUACUCGGUAAUUUACCAUCUUAUAACCCAAACAACUUCACUCAGAUUCGUCCUUCCGAUCCUUCUAGUUCUUCUAAAACGACACCACCUACUUAUCAUCCUACUCACAGCAGAACCCUUCCACCACCUGAUCAAGUAAUAAACACUGAAGCUAAAAAUAUCCUCCUAAGGCACAUUUAUCAGCACGCUCGGGAAAAGUUGAAACCAAAAAGAGCUGCAGCCGGUAACCUUUUACCGGAGCAUGGAUGCAAGCAACCUAGGGUUUCCACUUGACGGACAGUGUUUAUUGACCAACUAUUGUAUGCAAUUGUCAUCUACUUUUUUAUCAAAUGAUGUAUGUACUCUUGUUUUAUGAAGAGUUUGGUGCUUGUUUGAAGGUGUAAAUUAGUCAGCUACAGACUUGGAGUGUGUAAAUUUGAUAACUCCCCUACCAAUGAAUAUGUAAACUCCCCUGCCAAUGAAUAUGUACAGCAAAUGAAGUGGUCAUGCUUUUAUUGUAUAC